AUGGCCGCGCCGCCUCCGCUCGGCGUCCUGUCCGGCCAAGCUUCAGCGUCUUCUCGGCGCAGCUCCCCAGCCUUCGCCGCCGCGGCGCGUGCCCUACGGCUGCCGGCGGGCCUUACCUCUGCAUUAACAAUUGAUUUGGUGGUAAUUUACAAACCAAUAGCCACCCUGGGGCUCAUCUUCUAUUCACUAUUGCUACGUUGUCAAAAACUCACGGACUUAUGCCUUGCAAGGCUGUUCACUGGAGAUGGAGCUUUAACAGGUCAUUUCCUCACUUUAUGGUACCGGUAUCAGCAUCUGAUGCAGUUCCCUCUUCCAUUGGUUGCACAUGCCAGAGACAUUACUACGCCCAUUGGAACCAGACAAGAGCAGCUGCGUUCAGAAGCUACUGAUCUGGAGCUACUACACAUGACAUUUUUUCUGGGUAUAGCUCUUCUACCUAUUUUCUUGCUCGCCUUGCAAAGAUCUUCAUUCUACCCUUUGUUGCUGUAA